GGGUCAGCUGUGUAUAUUUUAUCUUUUUUCGAAUGUUCAAGUGGAAAUAAUUACCUUAAAGCUUGAAGUGAUUACUGAUUACAAUACCGUGAUUUCCCUCCUUGUGUGAUUCAUAAAACUCAUUUGUGGACUUUGAUUUACAUAAGUCUUUAAGAAUUUUGCAAUGUCGACUGUGAAAUUUGAACUGGAUCAUCUUUCUCCUGAAGGCUUCAGACAGGAGCAUGCUUCCAAUUCAGAUUUUACAUUAACCUGUUUGACUGAAGUUUCUGAUGAUGCUAGUGAAUUGGAACUUCCACACUACAAUUCUGUUCCCACGGGCUUGCAAAAGUUGUGCUCAUCUCCUUGUGGGCUUGAGAAGAGUGUGUGGGCUUCCAAAGACAAAUACAAUGAAGGUAUGAAUAUAAGCAAGAGUGAGAUAGCCAAAGAAACUUCAUUAAAACCAUCUCGAAGAUCCCUGCCUUGCCUCACCCAGAGCUAUGCUUACUCAAAGAGCUUGAGCCAGUCUGCCUCACUCUUCCAGUCAAUUGAGAGUGAAUCUCAGGCUCCCACUUCUGUAACCUCUAUUUCUGCUGACAAAACAGAACAAGCUAACACCAAGGAGAAUAAAAAUGAUUCUGUGCUCAAAUGUUCUUUUGCUGAUCUCAGUGAUUUUUGCUUGGGUCUAGGAAAAGAUAAGGAUUACAUGGAUGAAUCAGAGCAUGCUCAUUAUGACAGAUCUCGGCUCAUUAAAGACUUAGUUCCCAAAGAUAAUACUGAAUCCAAGAAAAGAUUGUCUAAGAAUGACAUGAAUUAUAUAGCAUCCAGUGGACUUCUUUUCAAAGAUGGAAAAAAGCGGAUUGAUUACAUUCUGGUUUAUAGAAAGUCAAAUAUACAGUAUGACAAAAGAAACACUUUUGAAAAGAACCUCAGAGCAGAAGGUUUGAUGUUGGAAAAAGAGCCAGCUGUUGCAAACCCUGAUAUUAUGUUUAUAAAAAUUCACAUUCCAUGGGACACAUUGUGCAAGUAUGCAGAGAGGCUGAAUAUCAGGAUGCCAUUCAGGAAAAAAAGCUAUUACACUGACCGGAGGAGCAAAUCAAUGGGCAGGGUGCAGAGCUACUUUAGAAGAAUAAAAAAAUGGAUGUCCCAGAACCCAAUGGUUCUUGACAAAUCAGCCUUUCCAGACCUGGAGGAGUCAGACUGUUACACUGGUCCCUUCAGCCGUGCACGGAUUCACCACUUCAUAAUAAACAAUAAGGACACCUUCUUCAGCAAUGCCACUCGAAGCAGGAUAGUCUACCACAUGCUGCAGCGCACCAAGUAUGAGAAUGGGAUAUCCAAAGUGGGUAUCUGUAAACUUAUAAACAAUGGGUCAUAUAUUGCAGCUUUUCCCCCACAUGAGGGAGCCUACAAAAGUAACCAGCCCAUCAAAACCCAUGGACCUCAGAAUAACAGACACCUGCUAUAUGAGCGCUGGGCUCGUUGGGGGAUGUGGUAUAAGCACCAGCCACUGGACUUGAUCAGACUAUACUUUGGUGAGAAGAUUGGACUGUACUUUGCUUGGUUGGGGUGGUACACUGGCAUGUUGAUUCCUGCAGCAAUUGUUGGCUUAUGUGUUUUCUUCUAUGGAAUAUUAACAAUGAAUGCAAGUCAAGUAAGUCAAGAAAUUUGCAAGGCCACUGAGGUCUUCAUGUGCCCUCUCUGUGACAAGAACUGCUCCCUGCAGAGACUCAAUGACAGCUGUAUCUAUGCCAAGGUGACAUAUCUUUUUGACAAUGGAGGGACAGUCUUCUUUGCUAUUUUUAUGGCAAUAUGGGCCACAGUCUUCCUGGAGUUUUGGAAAAGGAGAAGAAGUACACUGACCUAUACUUGGGACCUUAUCGAGUGGGAAGAGGAGGAGGAAACACUUCGCCCCCAGUUUGAAGCAAAGUAUUACAAGAUGGAAAGAGUGAAUCCCAUCAGUGGAAAACCCGAGCCACACCAGCCCUCCUCAGAUAAAGUCACUCGUCUUCUUGUGUCUAUCUCAGGAAUAUUCUUCAUGAUUUCUUUGGUGAUCACUGCGGUGUUUGCAGUUGUGGUGUAUCGCCUCGUUGUCAUGGAACAGUUCGCAUCAUUCAAGUGGAAUUUUAUCAAGCAACACUGGCAAUUUGCAACAUCUGCUGCAGCUGUCUGUAUCAAUUUUGUUAUCAUUAUGACACUGAAUCUUGCUUAUGAAAAAAUUGCUUACCUUCUCACAAAUUUAGAAUAUCCUCGAACAGAAUCUGAAUGGGAAAACAGCUUUGCCCUGAAGAUGUUCCUCUUCCAAUUUGUCAAUUUAAAUAGUUCUAUCUUCUAUAUUGCUUUCUUUUUGGGGAGAUUUGUAGGUCACCCAGGAAAUUACAAUAAACUUUUUAACCGGUGGAGACUGGAGGAAUGUCAUCCUAGUGGCUGUUUAAUAGACCUCUGCCUCCAGAUGGGAGUUAUCAUGUUUUUGAAGCAAAUAUGGAAUAACUUCAUGGAACUGGGAUACCCAUUGAUCCAGAACUGGUGGUCACGACAUAAAAUCAAGCGGGGAGUACAAGAUGCCUCCAUACCACAGUGGGAAAAUGAUUGGAAUCUGCAGCCUAUGAAUAUUCAUGGACUGAUGGAUGAGUACUUAGAAAUGGUUUUGCAGUUUGGUUUUACCACCAUCUUUGUUGCGGCAUUUCCUCUGGCUCCUCUUUUGGCUUUGUUAAACAAUAUCAUUGAGAUUAGGCUAGAUGCAUACAAAUUUGUCACCCAGUGGCGCAGGCCUCUGCCAGCCCGAGCUACUGAUAUAGGUAUCUGGUAUGGAAUUCUUGAAGGAAUUGGCAUAUUGGCUGUGAUCACCAAUGCAUUUGUAAUUGCUAUUACAUCAGAUUACAUCCCACGUUUUGUCUAUGAAUAUAAAUAUGGCCCUUGUGCAAGUCGGUCUGAAUACAGCGAAAAUUGCUUAAAAGGAUAUGUCAACAAUAGCCUCUCCUUCUUUGACCUGAGUGAGCUCGGUAUGGGAAAAUCUGGCUAUUGCAGGUACAGAGAUUACAGAGGGCCCCCUUGGAGUUCCAAACCCUAUGAAUUCACCUUACAAUACUGGCACAUCCUCGCUGCUCGAUUGGCCUUCAUCAUUGUGUUUGAGCACCUUGUUUUUGGGAUCAAGUCAUUCAUUGCAUACCUGAUUCCAGAUGUACCAAAAAAUCUAUAUGACAGAAUACGACGGGAGAAGUACCUCGUUCAAGAAAUGAUGUACGAGGCUGAGCUAGAACACUUACAACAACAACGGAGAAAAAGUGGUCACCCUGUUCAUCAUGAAUGGCCUUAGUUGGUAACUGUUACCCAGUAGGGGCAAUAGUCAUUGGAAUGGCAGCAAGUUCAAAUUUAGCUGCUAUCUAAGGAAGGUACACCUGACAAUCAUGUGUGUGAUAUGUUCCUUAGAAAUGCAUUACAUUUAUCUCUGGUAUUUGAAACAGCCAGCAUUCUAGGAGAGAAAAAGAUGAUUCCUGACCUUACAAUAAUGCUCAGAUUGACAUUGUAGAAAGCCGGAAUCUAAUUCUCAGAACCAGACUCAGGGAGUUAUGUAUUUGGAGAUCUUCACCUUCCAUCAGCAGUGUAACAGGAAGUGUGAUGGUGAGGUUUCCAAAGACAAGAUUUCCAUGAAAAUGUUCACAUGCCAGGAAUGACUUAGAAUUGUGUUAUCUUCAUUCACAUUCUAAUGACUUUGAAACUAUAGAGUGAGUCGAUAUACUUAUUGCCUUUGCUGCCAAAAAUCCACGUCCCUUCAGCUUACAGGUUUGUAAGAAUUCCCCUUAUUCUUGCUGAGAUUGUGGACCUGUGCCACAGGGAAAUCAUGCUGCUUUAUAUUGACUAUGCAAUUGAAGAGUUGCACAUCUCCUUAAUAGUCAAACCAAAUACCUAAAAUUCCAAGAUGAAUACCAUUCAUGAAAUAACAGUCUGUUGCAUUGACUAUAUCUAAAUCUAUUUUGUGACUGACAGGACCAGUUGUACGGCUUUUCUUUAUAACUAAAUGCCAGUAGAGCCACUUACAUGUAAAACAUGAAGGGUUAUUUUCAUAUCAUUGAGAAGAUAAAUCCAUUUACUACAAAAGGCAGUUUUAUAGUACAUUUAAUUUUUUCGCUUCCUGAUUUAUUACAACAGCUCACACUGAAUAACUUGAAAUGCUGUAAAUAUGUUUAUUUUCCUUGUACCUUUGCACCUUGACAAUGUGUAAUGCAAGUUAGUUGAUCAGCUCUGAGAACAUUUGCACACUACCCUUUUGUGACUUGUUUGUUGAGGAAAACAGAAGCCAGAUGCUUUGCAACAAUGUCUUCUCUUGCUUAUGAGCUAAUGAAAGUAAUGCAUGAAUAUGAAUUAUAUUAUUUGUAAAAAAAAAAAACACUUUUUUGUUUUACUUUAUUUUCAUCACUGUAAAGCUCUUUUUGUUAUGACUUCUUUGAUCUUCUUUGAUAGAUUGAGUUAUUUUUUAUAAUUACCUAGAAACAAAGUCAAAGUAAUUGUGAAAGACAUCAGUUUGCUUUAUUGUGCAACUUCUGUUUCAGUGUCAGUUCUAUUAUCUGUUAGUGUGACUGGUCAUAGUCAAAUGAAGUGAGAAUAAUAAUGGGGCCUUCAAUGAAAGGAAAGUCCAGUGGAGGCACAAGCUUUGGUGGCCACAUGGGAGGAAAGAGUGGAAGUAAAGGGAUGUGCAACAGAAAGUAGGACAUUUUUCAGUGUAAAACAAUUAGUGCUAAUCUCAGUUUUUUCUCCCCUAGGAAGAGUGUGGGAGACUAUACACACUCAUAUAUAUUUGAGAACUUUGAUUUUUAUUUGUCCAAUUAAGCAUAGAGUAGCUCGUCCCAAAAUAUACACAGGGCAGAUUAAAUGCAAUUGAAAUAAAUACUGAGGCUUCCCUAGUAAGAAAAUUAUGAAUUGAUCCUCACUCUUUUUUAUGAGUUUAACAUUGUAAAUAGUUUUCUGUUUUGCUUUACCUUCUUCCAGCCAGGGAAAAGUUAAUGUAUUAUAGAUAUUGAUUGGUAGUUUGGGUGGCUGGGUGGCUGGUUAGUUGGUUUUUGUGAAAAAUAAUCACUUCCUUACUUGUCAUUUGAUUCUGAGCAAGGGGAGAAAUUUCUUACACUAAAAUUUUCUCAUGUGCCCUUUUCACAUGGGUCUCUUUCAUUCAGAUUGCAGAGAGUUCUGUUUCUGCCACCUGCUUAUUUAUAGUAGCUAAUUCCACAAAGGAGUUUUAACCUCUUGCAUCUUUGUAACAUCUGCAUUUCUUUUACUUGCCUGAGAAUAAAUACCCUCUCUGUCUGUUAAAGACAUAAAUGAAUCUGAUAUUUAUGUCUUUUCCAAAUGAGGAACAUAGGACAAAGAUAUUUGUCCAAUGUGCAGCGAAAAACAAUGACAGUUGUGCCCUUCAGAAGUCUUUUUAUGAGUUAUUUUUAUAUACCACCAUCAGGGUUUAAAAUCAUAUUGAUUUCCUAGAGAGAAACAAAAUGUGAAUAUAGGGGUGUAUUUUUAAUAAAAAAUUAUAAUAUGUUGAUAAUUUUGAAACUGGUGGAAAAUAGCAUACAGUGAAAAAUUUUUCAGACAUUUUUCCUUUUGUGAAACAAUGCAGUAGAAUUUAGUGAGGCCUUUGUCACUGUUGACAACAAAAUAUUAUAGCCCCAAACAGUAUGUUAGUUUUAUUUCACUCUGUUUUAGUUGAGACAAUGUUUUAUAUCAUAGUUUUCAUAUGGAUGCAAAUGAUUUCUCAAAGGAUUUAUAUAGCACACUCUUUUCUCAGGAAUUCUGUACUACGUGAAUGCUGCUUAUAUAUUUUCAUAUUCUAACUUGUUGUCUUUUCAAGCAAAUAACUAAUAUAAAUAUGCAUGCAGUCGGCUUUGACAGUUUGUUCAUAGCUGAAGCACUUUCAGAGUAGUGUAUGGAAAAUCACUCUAGAUUGUAGCUGACAUAGUUCACAAAUGAGUGUCUGCAUGCACUUGCACAUUAAACAUGCUGACUGACUGCAUGAUGAGAUACAACUUCUGAAUGUCGCACAAUUUUUUCAAAAUGACUCCUAGCACAAUCUCUUGUAGAAUGGAAUGAAAAAGGACUUUUUUCACUCAAUAAAUCAUCAUAUGAUAUGGUAUUUUUCUAUAAUUUGUAUGUUGGGUUUAUUCUUGUCUGUUUUUAUUUUUAAGAAUUAAGUGAUUUGUUGGGUGUGUAUGGGGAAAGGGAAUUGCUUAUCUUUAGCGCUUUAUGAAAAUUUUUGCAGAUUCUUGCCCCACUCAUUAAAAAGUUUUUGACACUG